CAGUUAUCACUGCGUAAAUCGCGUUUUGAAAUGAAAUUAAUUUUCAUUUUUAAAUUAUUAUCUUGAAAUACAACGUAAUAUUUUUUCCGUCUUGUAUAAUUGUUUAAAAUGUCUGAAAGUGAACCAACAGACCUUGACUGGGUGCAACUGCGCCAAGAAAUGUCAAAACAACAUCAUGUUGAAACGACAAAAGAAAAAUUUGGCCGAAAGUUAAAUGAGAAUCCUUUUGUUCCAAUCGGUUGUUUGGCUACAGCAGCGGCACUUUCCUAUGGUCUGUGGUGCUUUCGAACCGGUAAAUCAAGGAGAUCCCAACAGAUGAUGCGGUUAAGGAUUGUCGCACAAGGAUUCACAAUUACUGCAUUAAUUCUUGGAGUCAUGUCUGCAGGAAAAAAUCUUAAAUAAUAUCACUACGGAAACUUUUUUAUCUAUGAUUCUCAAUUUUUAAAUAUAAUUACAAAACAUAAAUAUAAAAUUAAUUAUCAUACAGUGAACACAAUACUUAGCUUAAUUUCUACCACAUAAUAUGAAACUGUUUCCUUGUUGAAUUUAAAUGAUUCUUGAAGAUAAUCACAAACCAUAUUAUUCUGUAAAAUAGUUUUUAAAGUAACAGUAGUUUAUAAAGCAUCUGUUGUAAAAGGCAUGUAGAUGAUUUGUGUAUAUAAUUAAUUAGCUUGAUAAAAUAGAGUAGAUGUAUACAAAUAAAACCACA